UUGAUAGAAACGGCAUUUCAUGCAUGGGGUGAUUGUCCGCGGGGACCCGGGGGAAAGAGGGUAAUCGUAAAAAGACUUGAUCUUCUCCCGACUCCGUCUGUCCGUUAUGUUCUGGAAAGACCGAAUGUGAUUCAAUCGCCCUAAUUCAUCUGCGGCUCUGAAGGCUUGAUGCACAUACAUAAGCAUAACUGAACCGCAUGCUAUGACUUUAGCUUAAAUAGACCUCCUUGCCUCAAUUGAGUCAAUCUUCACUCGAACAAUUUCAUCAAAAAUGACAACACGACUCUCGAGGACAAUGUCCUCUCACAGCAAACACGACGACCACCACUCCGACUCAACAGCCGAUACACCAACAGAAGAACCCCAAGAAAACAUCACCCAGCACAUCAGCAACUUAGCCCGUCAACUCUCCCGCGUCUCAACAACAGCCGGCAAUGAACUCCACGCCUUCUCACCCCAGCCCGGCACUAUGCUAGACCCCAACUCACCAACCUUUGAUCCAAGAGCUUGGGUAAAAGCCUUUGUGAGGCUAGUCGAGUCCGACGCUGGAGCAGCGCCGCCGCGCAGUCUGGGCGUUGCGUUUAAGAACUUGAAUGUUUACGGCUGGGGCACUGGUGCUGAACAUCAGAAGACUAUUGUUGAUUAUCCUAUUGAUGUUGUCAAGUAUCUUGUUGGUCUGGUUGGUGGCGGGAAGAAGAGACGGGUUGAUAUCUUGAGGAAUUUUGAGGGCAUUGUUGAUGAGGGAGAGUUGCUACUUGUUCUUGGGCCGCCUGGCUCAGGAUGUUCGACGCUUUUGAAGACUAUCGCUGGUGAGACAGCUGGUCUCGAAGUUGGACCUGAUUCCUACAUGAACUUCCGAGGUAUCGACGAGAAGAGUAUUCGCCGCUCAUUCCGCGGCGACGUUCUCUACAACGCCGAGAUCGACUGCCAUCUCGCCCAUCUCACCGUCGGCGAGACCCUCUCCUUCGCCUCGUCUGCCCACUCACCACGUCACGUCCCCGGCGGGGUAACUCGUUCUCAAGCCGACACCAUGAUGCGCGAUGUCAUGAUGGCCAUCUUCGGCAUCAGCCACACAGUUGAUACUCGUGUCGGCAGUGACUUUGUGCGCGGUGUAAGCGGCGGUGAGAGGAAGCGAGUCAGUAUCGCUGAGGCUGCGCUCACAGGCGCAAAGCUGCAGUGCUGGGAUAAUACCACGCGCGGGUUGGACAGUGGGAACGCGAUUAACUUUUGUAAGACUUUGAGAUUGCAGGCUGAUCUUGUUGGUGUUGCUGCUGCGGUGGCGAUUUAUCAGGCGCCGCAGUCUGCGUACGAUUUGUUUGAUCGUGUGACGGUCUUGUAUGAGGGUCAUCAGAUAUUCUUUGGCCGCAUCAACGAAGCGAAGCAGUAUUUUGAGAAUCUCGGCUUCGAGUGCCCCGAUCGCCAAACGACGCCCGACUUCCUCACCUCAAUGACCAGCCCCCAAGAACGCCGCGUAAGGUCAGGCUUCGAAUCCUCCGCCCCCCGAACCCCCCAAGAAUUCGCCGAGCGCUGGCAAUCCAGCCCCCAACGCAAAGCCCUCCUGCAAGAAAUCGCCGCGUACGAAGCAAAUCACCCACCCGCGCAGCGUCUCGAAGAGUAUAAAUCCUCCCGCCGUGCGGAGCAGUUCAAGAACCAGCGAUCCAAGUCUCCAUAUACAAUCUCGUACCUUGCGCAGGUGAAGCUUACUCUUUGGAGAGGUUGGAGGCGAUUGCUGGCUGAUCCGGGAUUUACUAUCGCAUCGUUGAUAUUUAACCUUAUCAUGGCGCUUGUUUUGGGGACGAUGUUUUUUAACUUGAAGGAUGAUAGUUCGAGUUUCUACUACCGUGGUGGAUUGAUCUUUUUUGCAUUGUUGUUUAAUGCUUUUGCGAGUCAGCUUGAGGUCCUUACUGUUUAUGCUGAACGCCCUGUUGUCGAGAAGCAUAACCGCUAUGCGUUCUACCAUCAAUCCGCCCAAGCCAUCGCCAGUUACAUCAUCGAUCUCCCCUACAAGACCGUCAACAUGAUCAUCUUUAACUUGCUUAUCUACUUCAUGGCCCAUCUCCGCCGCGACGCAGGUCACUUCUUCUUCUUCUGUCUCACCUCCUACCUCACCACGCUCGUCAUGUCGUGUAUCUACCGCACCCUCGCCUGCGUCACCCGCACGACGCAUCAAGCCAUGAUUCCCGUGUCGAUUCUUAGUCUUGGACUUAUGAUCUACACGGGAUUUACCAUGCCGACGGAUUACAUGCUUGGUUGGUCAAGAUGGAUGAACUACAUCAACCCCUUGGCUUAUGCCUUUGAGGCGCUGAUGGCGAGUGAGUUCCAUAAUCGAAAGUUUGCCUGUGCGGGUAUGGUUCCCCAGGGCCCGGGCUACGACGACCUUCCCGCCAAUUCUCGCAUUUGCUCUGUUGUUGGUGCUGAGCCUGGAUCGUCCAUGGUCGAUGGCGAUAGGUAUAUCAACAUGUCCUUCGACUACUACAACUCCAACAAAUGGCGCAACAUCGGCAUCCUUCUUGGCUUCCUCUUCGGUUUCCUCAUCUUGUACAUCAUUGCAGCUGAACAUGCAAAGCCACCCAGGAACAAGGGCGAGGUUCUCGUCUUCCGCAAGGGCCGCAUGCCUCCCAACUUUGAGAAGGAUCACGGCGAUGUUGAGACUCAGGCUACUAAUCGACCUAUCGUUGCUGAGAAAGUCAACAACAACCCUUCUAGUGGACUUACUGCCGGCGCCUCUGUGUUUCACUGGGAAGAUCUCUGCUACGAUAUCCAGAUCAAGGGUAAGGACCGUCGAUUAUUGGAUCACGUUGAUGGAUGGGUCAAGCCCGGUAAAUCAACAGCUUUGAUGGGCGUGUCUGGCGCUGGCAAAACAACCCUUCUCGACGUCCUCGCAACCCGCGUGACAAUGGGCGUCGUAUCCGGAAACACCCACAUCGACGGCCUCGCAACCGACUCCUCCUUCCAACACCGCGUCGGCUACGUCCAGCAACAAGAUCUCCACCUCACAACAAUGACCGUCCGCGAAGCCCUCGAGUUCAGCGCCCUCCUCCGCCAAUCCGCCGAGAUCCCCCGCUCUGAGAAGCUCGCUUACGUAGAGCACGUCAUUGACAUGCUGGACAUGCAGGAGUUUUCAGAUGCUGUUAUCGGAACGCCUGGUGAGGGUUUGAACGUCGAGCAGAGGAAGCGAUUAACGAUUGGUGUUGAGUUGGCUGCUAGACCGCAGUUGUUGGUGUUUUUGGAUGAACCGACUAGUGGGCUGGAUUCGCAGACUAGUUGGGCGAUUUGUGAUCUUAUUGAGAAGCUUACGGCUAGUGGACAGGCGGUCUUGUGCACAAUUCAUCAGCCUUCUGCGAUGUUGUUCCAGAGAUUUGAUCGUCUUCUGUUGCUUGCUCCCGGUGGAAAGACGGUUUACUUUGGCGGUAAGUUCCCCCACCACCUCAUUGAGAUCUUGACUAACAUCUACAGACCUCGGCGAGCAAUCACAGACUCUUCUCAAGUACUUCGAACGCAACGGCGCACCCCCUUGUCCUCAAGACGCGAACCCCGCAGAGUACAUGCUCGAGAUCAUCAAACCCUCCAACGACGAAGAAGCCGAGAAGAUCGACUGGCACCAGAUCUGGAGAGAUUCACCCGAGUUCCAAGAAGUCAAGAAGGAGCUUUCACGACUUAACUCCCUCCCUGCUACACGAGGAGCAGCGGCGAAUGCUUUGGAGAACGGUGAUGCGUCGCAGCAUAAGGAGUUUGUGGCUUCGUUCUCGACGCAGUUCCGUGAGGUGUUGAUUAGGACUUGGAAGCAUUUCUGGAGGUCGCCUACAUAUAUCUGGUCCAAGAUCGCACUGAUCGUCUUAUCGUCACUUUACAUCGGAUUCACGUUUGAGGCCAAGAAUACCAUUCAGGGCUUGCAGAACCAGCUUUACGCCAUCUUCAUGUACAUGGUUCUCUUCCAGAGUCUCAGCGAUCAGAUCAUGCCCAUGUUUCUACCCCAGCGUGAUCUUUAUGAAGUCCGCGAGCGUCCAUCCAAGAUCUACCGCUGGAACAGUAAGUCCUUAUCCUCCUCAUCACUUCAAAGCGCGCUCUUACAAGUCCCAGCAUACAUCCUGUCCAACAUCCUCGUUGAAGCAGCUUGGAACACCUUCAUGGCUGUCCUCAUCUACUUCACCUGGUACUACCCCGUCGGCUUCGUCCGCAACACCACCUCCGACGACCAAGCUAUCCGAGGCUUUCUUGUCUUCUUGUACCUCUGGAUGUUCAUGCUCUUCACCAGCACUUUCUCUCACACAGCCAUCGUUUGUAUCGCUACUGCUGAAGAAGCUGGUGUCAUCGCAUCCUUGUUGUGGAUGCUUUCCAUCUCGUUCUGCGGUGUUGGUGUCGCAUACAAGGAUAUCCCCAAGUUCUGGACCUUCAUGUAUCGCGUCUCACCAGCGACUUACAUCGUCGGCGGUAUCAUGUCGACUUGUGUCUGGGGCUCCAAUGUCAAGUGCGCAGACAACGAGGUUCUCCAGAUGGCUGUCCCUGGCAACAUGACUUGUGGUGACUAUAUGGGUCCUUUCAUCAAGGCAGCUGGUGGCUAUCUUCUUGAUCGCUCGUCCACUGAUGUUUGCAAGUAUUGCUCGCUUGCUACGACGGAGGAGUUCUUGCAUAGGUUCAACAUCAACUAUGACGAUCGAUGGUGGCACUUUGGAUUGCUUUGGGUGUACAUCUUUGUCAACUGUGCUGGCGCUCUAGGCUUCUACUGGUUGUUCAGGGUGCCGAGGGGAAGUGGUGUUAAGAGGGCUUAAGACGGGAGCCUAAGAGGAAAACUUAAGAGGGGAUCUUAAGAUACAGCAUUUAUUUCUAGAAUCUCAUUUCACAUGGAUCAAGGCAGUAUAUUAUAGACAUAGGAUAUUUAAUUAGAGGUUAAUGCUUAGACUUAGAAUACAAGCGAUCAAUAUAUACAAAAUGAAUAGUAA